UAACCAAUAUCUUACAGUCUAGAUAUGUGAUGCAAUCUCGAAUGGAAUUAAAGGAAUUAGAAAGCUGGUAGUUUAAAUCUCAAAUGGCUCAUCCAGAUGCAUCUCCUGGAAAAAUCAAGGGGCGGGGAACAAAGGCUCGUAAGACGAGAGUGAUUAAAAGGGAAACUUAUUCACGUCGUGAUUUCAAAGGAUAUAAAAGUGGCGAGGAAAUAUAUGAUACAAUAACAAAACUUAUUGCGGAAGAAAACAUCGAGCCUGGCAAAAGAGAAGGCAUCUACUGUACAGUGUACAAACAUCUCCAGUCCAAUGCCAGAACUUCAAUGAUUCACGACAUGACACCGGAUCUAGAUGGGGCAGCUAAUCUGGGAACCAAAGAGCUACUCGGAGUUCUCUUAUCUAUCGCUAGUCGAGACGUUGAAAAGUUGAUACGAAACUCAACACACGAGUUGAAGGUUGAUGUGUUUAUUGAGUUGAGCGAGGGCGAGUGCGGCUUGGCCAGGUUCCCUGUGCGUUACUACACAACAGCAGAAGAUCUUGUCAGCUACGUUCUCAAAGACAGGGGGGUCGCUGAUUCCGCCCUGGACUAUCAGCUCUCCGUUGUCAAAACUCCCUUCAAAGGAAAGAACAAGCUGAAGUCUAUAAUGUGUGCGGUUGGUGUUAACAAUCAACACUCCCUUGCUGGCAAGCACACGAAAGUACUGUACCCACACCAGUAUCCGCUACAAGAACUGGGCGAGGCCCCCAAAGUGGAGAUGAACAGCAAUGAUGGCCUCCCACGUGUUACGAACAGCUAUUUGUAUGUGUCUCCGCGCGACGCCCAGGAGCUCACUAUCUUCUAUCGCAGGAAAGACGGAAAUGUCCAAGAAGAAACACUGUCCCUUCGCCCCAGUGCCACUGCUCAGGAGAUAAUCGACGAAUCACUCCAGAGUUUUGACGAACUUGAUAACGACCCUCUGGCGUACAGACUUAUCAUGAAGGCUUACGAGUUCGAUGAGAAGACGAUAGGCUUGGAGGAUCAGCCCCUAGUUCUGUUGGACACUAUUGAAGACUGCCAGGAGGGGUACCCUCAAAUCUGGAUUGAGGAUCAGGAGAUUGCUGAGGUAUCUCGAUCGAACUCUUUUGUUCGGAAACACUCCUCUCGGCGUGCCUCAAGGAAAAAGGCUCGGCCCACCGCUGAUCCAAUAACCUCUACACCAGCGGACACUCAGACAGAUAUACACAAGGGAUCAGUUGAAAAACCUCCUCCCCUUGUAUUGGAGGAAAGCAAGAUUCCACGUCUAAAUUCCACAUCUGAAAUAUCUAAAAUCCAGAGUCAUCUACACCACACAUCACUCCGUCGAAAGACACAGAGUACCAAAAGCGUUGGCGAGAUAAAGGCGCAGGAAUCUGAUCUAAAGAGCAUCCUCAUGGAGCAAGAAAAAGUAAUCUCCGCUCUGAAUAACGCAGUGAGCAAUGCGGAGAGCAUCAGUCCUCAAAGCAGCGUCAAGGAUGUUUCACCUACUAAGUUGAAGGAAGCACUGGCCGAGAAACAAACUCAGAUCUGGGAGUUGGAGGAGAAUCAAAACAAAGACAGGGAAGCUCUAUUGAAUCUCACAACAACUUAUAAAGUGUUGGAAGGGAAGUUCAAAGACCAAGAAGAGAAAUUCAGACAAUUCAAACUCUCAGCGAAAAAUGAAGUUGAGAUGGAAAAGCGAGAGAAGCGUGAGGCACAAAAGGAAGUCGAACGACUGAAUGCUGAAAAACCUGAUGAGCUUGAAGCGCUUUACGAUCAAACAGUUGGCAAUGAUGAUUUAGAGAACAGAAUGUCGGAACUCAAACUUCAAGUUGACAAAGACCAAGAAAUUAUAGACAUUACCACGAACCGCAAUGCUGAACUUAAAGACGAAAUUAGACAUCUUAAAAACACCAUUGCUGAUCUAAAAGUCUCUAAGGACACCAACAAGUUGGAAGUGGAUGGACUCCAACGAUCAGGCACUGGUAUCAGUGAUAGUAUAUCUAUCAACGACUUCACCGAAUGGUCAAAAGAUUUAGAUGACUUGAAGAAGAGAAACGAUCAGCUUCUCUUCAGAAACAAGCAACUCAGCUCUGACAACAUCAAACUCACCGAGCUAAUAGACCAGAACAAGUCCACAGUCAAGCAAGCGGCUGAACUAAAAGGAGAAAACAGACAACUUAAAGACGCUAACGAGGAACUGAAUAUAUCGGUACAGGCAAAAGAAGCGGAGAUAGCCAGCUUGAACGAACGUAUCCAGAGCUCUCAAGACCAGGAUGGUUCGUUCGAUGAGUAUCAAGAAAAGUACUACGAUUUGUACGAACAGAAUCAGCGCCUUGAAUCUGUCAUGUCCGGAACGAUUGAGAAACUGAGAUCAAAGCUGAACGUCUUAGAGGAUGAUAAGGUGCAGCUUCAAAACACGAUCAAUGGUUUGAACACUGGGCUCGAGGGAAAGAAACGACAGCUCAAAGAAUACGACUACAUGAAGAACAGAGUGGAAAUGAUGGAAAUGGAACACACGCAUCUCAAGGAGUUUUCAUCUCAACUUAUUGAUGAGAACAAAGCUAUUGACGGAUUGAACAAGACUGUCGAUGAAAAGGAGCAAAAGAUAAGCGAACUCGAUGUAGUUAUCCAGGACAUGCAAACAGAGCUAAUCCAGCUUCGAGGACUAGAAAAAGUGAACUGUGCAAUUCAGGUUGAAGACCCUCGCAUUGAAGAACUUGAGUCGAGAGUGGAGGAAGCUCUUGGUAAGAUAGAGAGUAGGAACGCUGUUGUUGAGAACAUGAAUCACAAGCUAACUCAACGAGAGGAAGAAGUUUCUAACCUAAAGGGAAUGGCUACCGAUUUUGAGAACACAAACGAACUGUUGACCGCUGAGAUCGAUCGUUUGAAGAAGCACAAUGCAUCUCUGGAGAGUAAAGGAACCAAGAAAACCGAUGAGAUUGCAAGUUUCAAGAUGAUUAUUGACGCUUUGAACGAGCAGAUUUCAUCGUCCAAAUCUUUGUGUGAAGAUGAAAGUUGUCCUAGUGCAAUACGGCUUAAAGACGAACAUGUUAAGAAGGAAGUGGAGAUGGAAAGCCUUCUCAAAGAUUCUCAAAUCAACUUCAACAACUAUUCCAGUGUAACAGGCGAGUUGGCAGGUCUUCAAUCUAAGUAUGAUGAACUACAGGACGAUUUCAGUAUCUUGGAGGCUGAUAAAACUGACGCAGAAGAGACUGUCAAGGCACAAGAGAAAUCUAUCGAAGAAAAGAGCGAGAAAAUAACAGAUCUCAUGGAUCUGAAUUCUUCGUUACGGGAUGAAGUAGAUCGUGGAAACGAAAAAUUCGAUAUCAUAACGUCAAAGAGAGAUGAGUUAGCAUCAGAGUUAACCCAAGCAAGACUGAAGAAAGCUGACACAGAAUCUGAGUUAAACCAGGUCCAAGACGAAGUUCGAGCCCACCAAAGAAAGGUCAAACAAUCAAGAGAUCAAGCAGAGUCUCUGCAGAAUCUCAAUGAUGCACUCACUGCUCAACUUCAUGAGAUGAAAUCAAACGAUUGUUCUGAAGGGAAAUGUGCCGCUGUUCUCGACCUCUCGAAGACUGUUGAAAGUAAGGAACAAGAGAAAGCUGAACUUUCUGCUCUGGUUGAAGACUUGAGGGGCCAAAGAAAGGAUCUUCAAAAUGUUGUAAUUAAGUCAAAGAACGACCUCGCUGAAAGCCAGAUCGAUUACCAAGAAAUGGAAGCCACCUACCUUGAAGCUAAAGAACAAGCUGAUUCAUUCAAAGGCCAAAUCAGGGGAUUACAACGAAGGCUUGAUCCCAAGAAGAAGAAAGAUCAUAUCGACAACCUAGAAAACCAGGUAGAGAUGUACCAAUGCGAAGUCAUGAGCUUGAAAUCUGUGACAAGAGCGAUGGAAGACGAAGUCGAGAAAAUGUCUAUAGCCGAGCAAGACAACACUGAUGUUGUCCAGAGGCUGAACAAGAAGAACUCCUCUCUAGAGAUACAGCUCGGUGAUGCUAAGGGAGAGAUCUAUGAUCUCGAGCAGCAACUUGAAAAGUUCACGGAAAGUCUCCGAUCGAGCCAAGAGGAAAGUGCUACUGUUGAAAUGUAUCUCAGUGAACGUCAGAUGCUGAAGGAUACUAUUGGUCAUCUGGAGAAGGAGAACAAGGAACUUUCUGCCGAUAGGGAUGGUGUGAAAUCAUCGCUGACUUCUGUCAAAGAAGAAUUGUCCAUAGUGAAAGGAGUGAGAGAUAUUCAAACCCGCGACUCUGCCUCAACCCUACAAACUGCAAUGAGAUCGAGGAAGACUAUCGAGGUUAAGGAAGAGGAAAUUAACUUCCUAAAAGAAGAAGUCGAAGCCAAAACCAACGAGUGUUCACGCCAAGUUGACAUUAUUGAACGGCACAGAAAUCGAACUCGUGAUCUUGAAAUCGAGUUGAAGGCGGCUAAGAAUCAGCUUGUCGGUGGUUUGACCAACGGAAUCGAGAUAGAAUCCCACGUAAAAUCUGCAGCGAACAAUGACGAUCCAACGCACCACAAACUCGAUGGUCUGAAUUCAACAAUCGCAGAUCUGUCCUCCACUUUAAGAUCUUUAACCACAGAGAACCUAAUGCUCGAGACUUCCAUCUCCGAAAUGAAUGAAGAGGAGCAAUUACGUCAGAACAAGAUCGCAGAAUUAGAAGCAAGCUUCCACGAGGAGGUAGAGCAUCUGCACGAGGAAUACAAAUCAAAGAUUUGCACUCAGACUGAAGAAAUAAAGAAAUGGAUCAACCAAAACAAGAUUCUAAGCGAGGAGAUUCUGAUGCUGGAGCAGGACAAGGAGGAUCUGGAGAAAAUGAACGCUAGAGGUAAUCAGAUACCAGAUCACGUAGAAAUGCAGGAUGCUCUUCAAGAGGUCACUAAAGAACUUAACGUUCAGGGUAGGAUGGCUCAAAAAUCUCAAGCUCAGCUCGAGGAGGCUCAGCAACAAAAUGAAAAUUUAGAAUCUGAAAUGAUGGCCUUCAAGAAGAAGUGUGUGGCUGCAGAAAAGACGAUAGACGACUUGUCGAUGAGGCUUCAAGAAAACGAUAUAACUGUCGAUGAGUACAAGCAGAGGUUUGAAGAUUUGCAGACAGCAGAUGAAAACAAGAGAACUGAGAUCAGGUUGUUAAACAAAAUGGUCAAGGAAUAUUCUAACAAAGCUGAAGAAUCCGAGCACGAUUUUGUUGAUUUGAAAGGAAAGUACAAGGAGAAGAAACACCAUAUUGAAGAGUUGCAGAAGGAGUUAGUUCUUCUCCGGAGUCAAAAUGCUGAGUACGAAAAUGUAAUUGUUGCUCUCGAAUCAACGAACGCAACAGAUACCAUCGACAACUCUUCAAAAUCACGACGAAUUAACGAACUUCAAUCACUCUUAACAGAAACCGAGGGUGUAGCAAACCAAAAAGCCACAGAGCUGGAAACGACAAAACAAGAAAUAAGUCGUCUUCAUGAAGAAAACGAACAAAUGUUGGAGGAAGUGAAAAGUUAUCAGGACGAAUGGAGACGGUUGACGUCACUGCUCAGUAAUGUUAACCAUACAAAUCAUGCUAACAUGGACUCUUGUAAACGAUUGGAAACUAAACUGGACGAUAUCGAGUACAAAGUUAGUGAAACAAACGUUCAUAUUGAUGUUUGUCAAGGUGAUAUGUUCUCAAAAACUGAGGCAUUGGUCCGUGAAAAUUCUCUUUUGGAACAGAAAAUCGCCGAGAAGAGUUACAGUAUAGAACAAAGUGACAAGUUUUUGAAAGAAUCUCACGAUAACAUAUCUUUGUUGCAGAAUACAAUGGCUGAGCUCCAGGACCGUAUUGAAGAAUUGCAGGGGAAACCCUCGACUCCCUCAAAUCCGGGCACCGACCCCUCUGAUCUCACUGGCCAGAUUCAAGCUCUCUCAGACGAGCUAGAGGAGAAAAACGAACUUUUACUCGAGGCAAAGAUAGAGAAAGAGAGCGAUGAAUCAGCUUUUAAAGUGAGCUUAGACACUAUAGUUCGUAGUUACGAGGACAAAGUUGAGUCGCUUAUCAGUGAGUCCGAACAGAAAGACAACGAGAUUCAGAAACUGAAAAUUGAGCUUGAGUCUAGGUAGCGAUUUUGAGUAUUUUGGAGCUCCUUUUUUCUCUCAGACUGUUUCAUCUUUCAAUCUAUAGUCGAGCUCAGUUUCAUGCUCCAUAGACCAUAGAGCGAGUUUUAGGAGUAGAGUGCAGAGUGACUUUAGGGGUCGUUCACAUAUUACGUAAUCAAUAUUUUAGCGAUUUUUACCCCCCCCCCCCCCCCCCCUCCGUAAUCAACCGUAAUCAAGAUCCAACCCCCCCCCCCCCCUUCCUGACAGCAAUAUUACGUAAUCAUAGCCUGACCCCCUUCCCUUGACUUUUUUCCCUAGAAAACAC